AUGGCCGCCGUUUCCGAUUCCAAAAAGAACGACGAGCAGACGAUCAAGGUCGCAUCAAAGAAGGACCCUAAGAACAAGCCCGAUGGCCCUAUCAAGCUCAAGAAGCCCGCACCGAAGUACAACAAGCCAGGAAAUUGGAGAGAAGGCAGCAUCGUCGAAGAAGAUAAGAAAUCGAAGAAAGAAGAAUCCACAUCUAUAUCGGUCGCUUCCCCCGGACCCGUCGUCAACCCCCUCGAUGACAUCGCGCGCGAAGCCUUUGCCACUGGCCGGCCGCUAGAGGAUACUCCCGACCUACAACAAUGCAAGCACUGCAAGAAGAGCAUCCUCAAAACAGCCGCCAAGGCCCACAUCGCUCAAUGCCUCAAACUGAAGAAGGAGAAGGCCCAGCGGAAAAAGGAGGCGAGAGAGGCCCGUGAGCGAGCCAAGGAAGCUGCGCGCGAAGAGGAAGCUAGAAAGGCAGAUGAGGAUCCUGAUGGCAAAGGCGAAGAAGAUAGUGACGGCGAGGAAGAUGGCGGCGACAACAAGAAGGCUAUCGGAAAUAAAACUGCAAAGAAGACCGGCGGGAAGAAGACCGACGGUGACACCGGCAAAGGCAAGAAGCGCAAGGCAGAUGGCGACGCGGAGAAGGGACCUAAGCAAAAGAAGAAGAAGGAAGAACCGAAACCAAAGGCCCCAAAACCGAAAGGUCCCGUGGACGUCGAACGACAAUGUGGUGUUCUGUUGCCCAACGGACAGCCUUGCGCAAGGUCUCUUACGUGUAAGAGUCAUAGCAUGGGAGCAAAACGCGCUGUCGCGGGUAGAUCUCUUCCUUAUGACAUGCUUCUGGCGGCUUAUCAGAAGAAGAACCAGGCCAAACAGCAGAAGGCUGCUCUCGAUGCCAACGCUCCGCUAGAGGACGAAGAUGAAGUCAAUGCCGGGCCGGUUGACUCGGACGAAGAGACCGCUGCUGUGAUGAGUGCGCUGGCGCACUGGAAACCGCAACCCGUGGUGCCGCAACCAGUGCUCAUUCCUAUUAAAAGGCAGUAUCAACUGGCUCGACUUCAUGAGCAGCUGCAAAUGGCUACGAAUGGUGGAAGAACCAACAUUUUCAAAGUCAACGGCUUUGGGGCGCAGAGACUGCCUCACGGUCACCCGGGACUCAUUGACACGGAGGACGCGCCGGGCGAGCCUGAUACGGCUGAGAUGAACUUCGGAGGCGCUCGCAGAUCUUCCAGCUUCAGCAUGCAAAGUCAUCCCCAACGGCGGCCGUCGGUGACAAGCAGAGGAUAG